AGGGCAAGACAUCCUGAAUUAACUGUGAAAAAACCCGAGCCUUGUAGUAUAGCAAGGGCUACAGCAUUUAAUAAAAUAAAUGUGCAAAAUUUUUUCGACAACCUUAAAGAAGUUUUAAGUCGCAAUCCAUCAUUUGCAAAUGGCAGCCGAAUAUAUAAUCUAGAUGAAACCUCGACCACAACAGUGCAACGUCCACAUAAAGUGCUGGCAGCUAAAGGACGCAAUGUCUGUAAAGUCACAAGUGGGGAGCGCGGAAUUUUGGUUACCACUUGCUGUAUUGUAAAUGCGAUUGGUCAGGCCUUACCUCCAGCUAUGGUAUUUCCACGAAAAAAUUUUAAGGCACACAUGCUGUAUGGGGCACCCCCAGGAACACUUGGGCUAGCCGCACCCAGCGGUUGGAUGAAUACAGAAUUAUUUGUUGAAGUAAUGAAGCAUUUCAUCCAGUUCACUUCAGCAUCGACCGAUAACCCAGCUUUGCUUAUUCUAGAUAAUCACGAGAGUCACCUGUCUAUAGAAGCUCUAGAUCUAGCUAAAGCCUCAGGUGUAACUGUCCUUACGCUUCAUCCUCAUACCACGGCUAGACUGCAACCUCUGGAUGUUGGAUUAAAUGGUCCAUUCAAGUCUUUUUAUAAUUCAGCAAUAGACUCGUGGUUAUUACGUAAUCCAGGAAAAAAUUUAAGCAUUUAUAAUGUUGCUGAAUGCGUAGGUAUAGCAUAUAUGAAAGCUAUGACUCCAACAAAUAUAACACAAGCGUUCAAAAAAUGUGGUAUUUUCCCAUUUGACGAUCAAAUAUUCACAGAUAUUGACUUUUUACCAAGUGAGAUAACUAAUAGACCACCACCAAAUGUAAUAGAUGUAGAGAAAUACCCUGAUGAUGUUGGACGUUGUGGGUCACCAUCUAUAUUGACACCAGCUAUUUACAGUGACGAUGAUGAAACUGAUGAAGAAAUUGAGAACAUUAUGGAAGAAUUACCCUAUAACAAACCUUUACCAUCCACUUCAUAUCACACACCAUCGACAUCCGAGGUUCACAUUACGCCGCAAGCAGAAGUUUCCGCUGCUAUAACGGAUGAUCGCGAAUCAAACUAUAUUUUUCAGUCUCAAGUGAUGUCUAGUCCCAAUAUUGUAACUCAAGAGAUUGCAUCUUGUUCCAAAGAAACAUCCCAGCCGACUGCAUCCACGUCCAGAGUUCAGAUUUCAUCUGAAAUAAAAACUAGUUCUCCAAAAAUGUCAGGAGGUUCCAAUAACUUUAUUUCACCAAAGAUUUUCAGGCCACCAUUAAAAGCAGGACCUCGUAAGACUAUCAAAAGAAAACUAGGAAAGAGUAUGAUAGCUACUGACACACCCGAGAAGAACGCUUUAGCUGAAAAGAAACAAAAUAAAGAGAAGAAGAAGAAAUUAGCAAAAGUAGUGAAAACAAAGCUUUUUGAAAGCAUUAAGAGAGAACAAUCAGAUACAUCUGACGACGAAGAGUUCAUUUGCAGUGGCUCAUCUUCUGGAGGAGAUUUUUUUAUUGAAUCCGAUGAGGAAGAGAUUAUCUUAAAUGACAACUUCUCUCCAUUAUCGAGGAAACCUCGACCUGAUGACUACGUUAUUGUGGCAUUCAAUAUAAAAAAGAUAAAUGUUUUCUACGUGGCACAAAUCUUAGAAGAGCUGGAGGAAGAAGACGGCGAUUAUUAUGUAUCAUUUUUCAAAUUAAAAAGCAAAAUUACACAAACAUUUUCGCUACCACUUGAACCAGACACAGCAGCUGUGAAUAAGACAGAUAUAAAAUACAUUUUACCUCUUCCCAACAUUAAUGGCACGGUUCGUCGACAAGCAACAUACAAAUUCCCUAUCGAUAUGUCCCUACUGAACUUGAGAUAUUAA